GGCUUCCCGGCGGGGGUUUUGAACGUGGUGAACGGGUGGGGCCCCAGCGUGGGGGGCCCCCUCGUGCGGCACCCGCUGGUGGGCAAAGUCUCCUUCACAGGGUCUUCUGCUGUGGGCCGCCGCGUGGCUGGAGAAGCAGCAGCAAACACUAAAAGAGUGACUUUGGAGUUGGGGGGCAAAAGUCCUUUGGUGGUUUUGAAGGACGCGGACCUCCGCAGGGCCGCUGAGGCCACCUGGCAGGGGCUCUUCACCAACUCAGGCGCGCGCUAG